UUCCACUCCUGGUUCAAACUUCGUUCGAUCAACAUCCACUGGCCUCAGACAAUCAACAAUGGCAGACCUCAGCGGCAAGGAUGUUGAAAGGGCAGAAUUCGCCUUCUCCAUUUACGAUACUGACGGCACCAACGUCAUCGAUGCAGUUAACCUUGGCGACGUCCUUCGCGCGUUGAACUUGAAUCCCACGAAUGCAACCAUCGAGAAAUUGGGCGGCACAAAGAAGAAGGGCGAGAAGAAAUUGAAACUUGACGAAUUCUUGCCUAUCUUUAGCCAGUGCAAAAAAGACAAGGAACAGGGUUGUUACGAAGACUUCCUUGAAUGUUUGAAGCUAUACGACAAAGCGGAAAACGGAACAAUGCUCGGCGCAGAAUUAUCUCACACACUUUUGUCGCUUGGUGAGCGUCUCACUGAUGUAGAAUGCGAUACUGUACUGAAGGAUUGCAUGGAUCCAGAGGACGAAGACGGUUUCAUCCCCUAUGCUCCGUUCCUUAAAAGACUAUGUGAAAGGGCGGCAGCCGGUGCCGACGAUUAGAUAAAGGAUGACUAUCGUCAUCGUUUAUCCACAUCAACGAAGGACACACUAAUAUUUACUCGUCGCAUUCGCCACAGCACUCAUCCCCCCGUUUGAUCAUACAUCGCGCGAUCACGUGAGGAUCACACAAUUUGACAAUUUGCACGUAAACAGCAAUACGAAAUCAGCAUCGUCGAAAGACAAGCAUUUUAUCAAAAGAAAAAAUAACAAAGAAGGCAAAUCCACGCAAACAUUUCGAGUACAAAAAAGAAACAACAUUUCACCUCGAACGCAUGUAGCAUUCGAUUCGAUUUCACACAUUGUUGCGAUACAAACGUUUAUUUAAACUCACAGAAGGCAAAAUAUCUUAAUAUAGCAACAUUGUGUACAAAGUCGAAUAAAAUGAUCAAUGUUAAUUUAUUUCUUAUUGUUACUGUAAUAAAUCUUUCCUCCCAAAUUGUCAAAGAGGAUUAAAAAUCGCC